UGUGCCCUGAUACUGCGAGGGCUUGAUGACACACGCUGUAUCGCCACUUGCCUUGUGCAAAGAGAAGAGAGUCAUGGGGAAGACAGGUGGAAGAGUAGACUUUGAAUGGGUCUACAAUGACCAGCCGCACACUUCAAGAAGAAGAGAAAUUUUGGCUAAAUAUCCAGAGAUCAAGUCCUUGAUGGGUCCAGAUCCCCAGCUAAAGUGGGUGGUAUCUGGAAUGGUCCUAACCCAGCUUCUUGCGUGCUACCUGGUUCGCAACCUGUCUUGGAAGUGGAUCUUCUUUUGGGCCUAUGCCUUUGGAGGUUGCAUUAACCACUCCCUGACUCUGGCGAUUCACGACAUCUCUCACAAUGUGGCCUUUGGCAAUAAGUUGGCGAAGUGGAACCGCUGGUUUGCCAUGUGGGCCAACAUACCCAUCGGGGUGCCUUAUUCUGCCUCCUUCAAAAAAUACCACAUUGACCACCACCGAUAUCUGGGGGGUGAUCAGUUAGACGUUGACAUCCCUACAGAGUUUGAGGGAUGGUUCUUCUGCACCCCAGCCAGGAAGGUACUCUGGCUCUUCCUCCAGCCAUUAUUUUAUGCUCUGCGUCCAUUGGUGGUCAAUCCUAAGCCAGUGGGUCAGAUGGAAAUCCAGAAUGCAAUAGUUCAGCUUACAGCGGAUGCCAUUAUCUUUUAUUUCUGGGGUCUGAAGCCGAUUGUUUACCUCGUUGCUGGAUCCAUCUUGUGCAUGGGUCUGCAUCCCAUCUCUGGACAUUUCAUAGCCGAGCAUUACAUGUUCUUGAAGGGACACGAGACAUAUUCUUACUAUGGACCACUGAACUGGAUCACCUUCAAUGUUGGGUAUCACAUGGAACACCAUGACUUCCCCAGCAUACCUGGCAGUAAACUACCUCAGGUGAAGCAGAUCGCAGCAGAAUAUUACAACUCCCUGCCCCAGCAUACUUCGUGGUCCCGGGUACUAUGGGACUUUGUGUUUGAUGACAGCAUCGGCCCUUAUGCCAGAAUCAAACGGGAGUACAAGCUAAGCAAGCAGGAAUAGAUCUUUUAUUAUAUGUAAACAAAGAAAUAAAUUUCAGUUUAUAAAAAAUGUUAUCUAGUUCAAAUGUUUUUUUUUUUCUGCUUCAUGUAUUGUGAUGCCAUUGAAAUCAAACUUUACAUGUUCAACAUCUAAUCUGACUUGUACUACAUG